GGAUUUGGCUCUAGCGGCGUCUCCGGCCCACCCGGUUCCGCGGCCGUCGGGGGGAGAUUUUUGUCCGGCGCGGGGGGGGGAAGGACAAUCGCCCCCCCCCCUCCCCCGGUCUUGUUUUUUUUUUUUUUUCAUUAUUUGCUGGACAAUGUUCCCGGCGGCCGCCCGGCGCUGGACGGGGCCGGGGGCGGGUUUCUGGACGGCCUUGUGAAGCGGUCUCUCUGGGAGGGACGGCAGGAGACGGGAUGGAUGAUCGGAAACCGCCCAGCCAGGCCAAAGACUGUGAGGUGCCAGCCGACAGGGGUGCAUCUUUGGAAGAGCGGGGUGGCGUGGAAGGAGACCCCCUGAAGCCGCCGGAAGGGGCCCCCACUGCCCAGGAGCCGGAAGCCAAGGAGCCGCCCCAGGCCUGCAGCGCCCUGCCCAGGCGUUGCGCCCUCUGCAACUGCGGCGAGUGGCGCCUGCAUGGGCAGGGGAAGCUCCAGCGUUUCGAGCCGGCACCCGACUGGACUGAGCGUCUCUCCGGGCUGCCGGCCGGGAGGGGCCCUGGCGAGAGUCUGGCCCCUGGGGACGACCUGUCCCUGAUCGGCUUCGCGGAGGGGGUGUCGCCGGGAGAGCUCUUCGAGCCAACAGGGCACUGCUGGGCCCACCACUGGUGCGCUGCCUGGUCGGCAGGGGUGCAGCGGCAGGCCGGAGCCGGGCUGAGCGACGUGGACAAAGCUGUUUUCUCAGGGAUCUCGCAGAAAUGUGAACACUGUCAGAGGAUGGGUGCUACCAUUCAGUGCCACUCGGAGGGGUGUCUGCGGCACUACCACUUCCCGUGCGCGGCGGCCAGCGGCUCCUUCCAGUCCAUGAAAACCCUCUGGCUCCUGUGCCCGGAGCACGUGACCGAGGCAGUGCAGAUGGAGGACUCGCGAUGCAUGGUUUGCGACGGGCCGGGGGACCUGCGCGACCUGCUCUUCUGCACCAGCUGCGGGCUGCACUACCACGGCACCUGCCUGGACGUCCCCGUCACGCCACGCAAGCGCUCUGGCUGGCAGUGUCCCGAGUGCAAAGUCUGCCAAACAUGCAGACAGCCCGGCGCAGACUCCAUGAUGCUGGUGUGCGAGGCCUGUGACAAGGGCUACCACACGUUCUGCUUGAAGCCGGCCAUCGAGAGCCUUCCCACGGACUCCUGGAAGUGCAAGAACUGCCGGGUGUGCUCUGACUGUGGGUCACGGCCAGCGGCGCUCGACCCCGGGUGCCACUGGUAUGAGAACUACUCGGUGUGUGAAGGGUGUCAGCGGCACCGGAACGUGGCGGGAGGCACCGAUGCCGCGCGGCGCUGCCAGAGCUGCCAGAAGCCCUUGCCCCCGGAUGGCAGCGACAUGGCAGGGGGUUCCACCUGCCUGGCGUGUCAAGGGCAGCAGAAGCACCCGCAGCCGGACGGGGCCGUGCCCCAGGAAGAGGUGCCCUCGGAGUGUGAAGCCAAACCACUAGGUCCCGCUCCAGAGGUGGAGGAGCCGGAAGAGGAGCCAGGCCCGGCAGCACCUGCCAAGGACGAGGCAACAGAGCCGAUACCCCCCGAGAUGACCCCUGAACCACCAGCCCCGCCCCCAGCCCCCCCAGACCCCCCCGUUGCCACAUCGCCCGCCUGCCCUGAGGAGCGGCCACCGGAUGCCAAAGAGGAACCGGCCCCCGAGCAGCCAGCGGGGCCCCCUGCCAUCACUGCGGCCCUGCUGGAGCCUGCGGGCAGCCCCCAGCCCCCCAUGGAGAAGGCGCCUGCUGCCGCCUCCCCACCCCGGACAGAGACGCCCCCCGCAGCCCCCCUGCCGGGCUCCCCUGCUCCCCAGCUGGGCCCCCCGCAGCCCAGGGAAGCGAUGGAGUGUGGGGAGGAGGAGGGGAUGGACACGGCAGGGGGCGAGGCGGGGUCCCUGGCCAGCCCUGCGGAGGAUGGCGCCCAGCCCACCCCAGCUGUGGCCCUGGGGCCGUUCCCAGGCUUGGCGGGGGAGGAAGAGGAGGAGACUGCUGCUGGGCUGGAGCAGGCAGGGGCCGGGGGGAGGGGCUCUCCCCCACUGAGUGAGGACGGGCUGGAGGAGAGCCGGGGCCGGGGGGACCCUGAGUCCAGCCAGACCCCGGUCAGCUUCACCAGCGAGCCUAAGGGGUCCCCCAUGCUGCUGGAGCCCGAGGAGCUGGGCCCAGCCACCCCGAUGGAGGUGUAUGGGACGGGCGGGAAGCUGCUGGAGCGUGGGGAGGAAGUGGGCCCCGAGCCCCCCAUCCUGCGGCCCCGUCCCACCCUCAUCAAGUCAGACAUUGUCAACGAGAUCUCCAACCUGAGCCAGGGCGACACCAGGAGCAGCUUUCCCGGCUCGGAGCCCCUGCUGGGCUCUCCGGACCCCGAGGGCGGGGGCUCGCUCUCCAUGGAGCUGGGCAUGACCUCCACUGACAGCCUGCAGAAGGACGACGCCGGCUCCCUGCCCCACUGCACCGACUCGCUGGCCGAGACGGACGACUCGCUGCUCUUCGAGCCAGGCGCUGGGGCCAAGGGCGAGGGGGAGAAAGGGCGUCGGCGCAGCUCGCCGGGGCGCUCCCGCGUCAAACAGGGUCGCAGCAGCAGCUUCCCGGGGAGGAGGCGCCCCCGAGGCGGGACCCAGGGGGCCCGGGGCCGGGGCCGAGCUCGGCUGAAGUCGACCACCUCGUCCAUUGAGACCCUCGCGCUAGCGGAUAUCGACAGCUCCCCCAGCAAGGAGGAUGACGAGGAGGAGGAUGACACCAUGCAGAACACCGUGGUGCUUUUCUCCAACACGGACAAGUUCGUCCUCAUGCAGGACAUGUGCGUGGUGUGCGGCAGCUUCGGGCGCGGGGCGGAGGGGCACCUGCUGGCCUGUUCCCAGUGCUCCCAGUGCUACCACCCCUACUGCGUCAACAGCAAGAUCACCAAGGUGAUGCUGCUGAAGGGCUGGCGCUGCGUGGAGUGCAUCGUCUGCGAGGUGUGCGGAAAGGCCUCGGACCCCUCGCGCCUGUUGCUUUGCGACGACUGCGACAUCAGCUACCACACCUACUGCCUGGACCCACCGCUGCACACGGUGCCCAAGGGCGGCUGGAAGUGCAAGUGGUGCGUGUGCUGCGUGCAGUGCGGGGCGGGUUCCCCUGGAUUCCACUGUGAGUGGCAGAACAACUACACGCACUGCGCCCCCUGCGCCAGCCUUGUCACCUGCCCCGUCUGCCGGGUGAAGUACGUGGAGGACGACCUGCUCAUCCAGUGCAGGCACUGCGACCGGUGGCUCCAUGCUGUGUGCAACAAUCUCUUCACGGAGGAGGAGGUGGAACAGGCAGCAGACGAGGGCUUCGACUGCAGCUCCUGCCAGCCCUACGUGGUCAAGCCAGUCGUUCCAGUGGCCCCCCCAGAGAUUAUCCCAGUGAAGAUCAAGGAGCCGGAGCCCCAGUAUUUCCGCUUCGAAGGCGUGUGGCUGACGGAGACGGGCAUGGCCGUGCUGCGCAACCUGUCCAUGUCCCCCCUGCACAAGCGCAGGCAGCGCAAGACCCGGCUGGGCACCCUGAAUGGGGAGGGAGGCCUGGAGGGGGGCGACCCCCUGGGCACGGACGAGAAGAAGGACGGGGAUCUGGACGGGGACGACCUGCUGAAGGGUGAAGUGGGCGUGGAGCACAUGGAGUGUGAGAUCAAGCUGGAAGCUGCCGCCAGCCCCGACCGGGACGGAGGGGCCGACGUGGACUCGGGGAAGGGGCUGGAGGAUUCGGAGGAGUGCAAGAAGAGGAAGCGGAAGCCCUACCGCCCAGGGAUCGGUGGGUUCAUGGUGCGGCAGCGGAAGUCCCAUACACGGCUGAAGAAGGGCUCGGCAGCACUGGUGGAGGCAUGUCGCGAGGUGCUGAGCGCCGAGGGGCACCCGGAGGACGGGGCGCCGGCGGAGAUCCCAGCGGAGGGCGCUGCAGAGCAGGGCGCCACGGAGGGGGACGAGAAGAAGAAACGCCGAGGCAGGAAGAAGAGCAAGUUGGAGGAUAUGUUCCCUGCCUACCUCCAGGAAGCGUUCUUCGGGAAGGCGCUCAUGGACCUGAGCCGGAAGGCCCUGCUGGCCGCAGGGGGUGUGGGGGAUGGAGCUGCCUGCCCCCCCUUUGGCCAGGGUGCUCCCAGACCCAGGGUGGACCCUGGGGUGCCCGGAACACUCCAGAGGGUGCCUGGAGAUGGGAAGGAGACCCCUGCCCAUCUGAAAGGGGACGACAGCAUGGACAGCAGCGCCCUGGUGGCCCAAGAGGAGGACCCGAAAGGGGCGGAAGCGAAGGCUGAGGACCCAGGGGCAGAGGAGCCGAAAGGUUCUCCGGAUCCUGGGGACAGCGAGAAGCCGGCGACGCCCGGCGAGGGUGCCCUGAGCUCCGACCUUGACAAGAUCCCCACAGAAGAAUUGCCCAAGAUGGAGAGCAAAGACAUCCAGCAGCUCUUCAAGGAUGUGCUGGGCUCUGCCGAGCGGGAGCAGCAACUGAACUGCGUGGCGGCAGGGAUGGAGGCCGGCAUGGGAGGGCGAGACCCCAACCGAGCGCAGCUCUCCCAGAGGCCCUUCCUGCAAGGGAGUGUUUCUCUGGGCUCGCUCUCCUCCGCUGUCCCCAUGGAGUCCUACUCAGGAGUCUGCCAGUCCCCGUUCCUCGAUAACAGGGAGAGAAGCGGCUUCUUCAGCCCAGACCACUGCGAGCCCGAGAGCCCCUGGGCCAGCAGCUCGGCUGCCACCACCCCCUCCACGCCCACCACCCCGACCACGGAGGGUGAGGGGGAUGGGCUCUCCUACAACCAGCGGAGCCUACAGCGCUGGGAGAAGGACGAGGAGCUGGGCGAACUGUCCACCAUCUCACCCGUCCUCUAUGCCAACAUGAACUUCCCCAGCCUCAAGCAGGAUUACCCAGACUGGUCCAGCCGCUGCAAACAGAUCAUGAAGCUCUGGAGAAAGGUCCCAGCCCCGGACAAAGCCCCCUACUUGCAAAAGGCCAAAGAUAACCGGGCGGCUCAUCGCAUCAACAAGGUGCAGAAGCAGGCCGAGAGCCAGAUCAACAAGCAGACCAAAGGGGAGGUGCUGCGCAAGCCUGAGAGACCCUCACUGCACCUGAGGAUCCCACCCCAGCCGGGGGCGCUGCCGGGUGCUGCGGGGCAGCCCGUCUACAUCAACAGCCCGGUGGCCCUGCCCGGCUCCGCAGACGGGUUCCUGAAGUCCCCUGCUGGCGCCGAAGCAGCGGCUGAGUCCAGCGAGGUCUUCCUCAAGCUUCCUUCCCAGUCCCCAGCCCAAGUGCCUUCGCACGACCCCUACAGCUACCCGCUGGAGCCCCGCUUCCCCUCGCCCCUGGGUCAGAGCCCCACAGCCGGAGCUGCCUUCCAGCCCUUCCCCACACAACAGCAGCAGCUCCUGCCCACUCCCCGGCCGGCCCUGGGCCCCCAGCCUCCAGAGUUCCACCCCACCUCCCCCGGGACCCCCCGGCACCAGCCCUCCACCCCAGACCCCUUCCUGAAACCACGCUGCCUCAGUGGCUCUCUGGACAACCUGUCAGUGCCAGGGAGCCCCGGGGCCAGGCCCCCCGAGCCCCUGCUCUCGCCCCCUCCCUUUGGGGAGCAGAAGAGGAGCCUGGAGGCUGGGGGGCUGCAGGUGAAGAAGGAGGAAGGGGGCCCGGGAGUGUGUUCUCCUGGCUACAUGGCCGCCAUGGGCUACGCUGACUCCCCGUCCCACCUCUCCUCUGCCGAGCUGAAGGCAGCCGACGUGUUCAAAGCCCCCCUGACCCCACGGGUCUCUCAGGUAGAGCCACAGAGCCCAGGGCUGGCGCAUCCCCACCCCCAGGCUCUGGCCCCCUCACCUCCCAGCCACCCCGACCUCUACAGGCAGUCGCCCUCCGUGUCCUGCUACUCUGACCCCUAUGCCCAGCCUCCCCUGACGCCCCGGCCACAGCCCCCCGACAGCUGCUGCGCCCUGCCCCCCAGGUCCUUGCCUUCCGACCCCUUCUCCCGCGUCCCCGCCAGCCCGCAGUCCCAGUCUAGCUCCCAGUCCCCUCUUACCCCCCGGCCACUCUCCAAUGAGGCUUGCUGCCAGUCACCCGUCACCCCUCGCUUCCAGUCACCCGACCCCUACUCCAGACCCCCCUCGCGCCCCCAGUCCCGGGACCCUUUUGCCCCCCUGCACAAGCCCCCACGGCCCCAAAUGCCCGACUCCGGCUUCAAAUCGAUCCCAAUCUCCCACAAUCCCCCAGCUGGCGGUGGCUUCCCUCCAGCCCAGCCCAGUGACCCUCACUCCAAGGGGCCGGGGAGCCAGCAGCCCCCCUUCGCCCGCUCCCCUGGAGCCAGCGUCUUCGCUGGCGCCCAGGCCCAGAUGCGGUUCACCUUCCCCUCAGCUGUCUCGGAGCCCCUCAAGGGUUCCCCCUCCCACCAACCCCACGGGAUGAACAGCCAUUUUGCCUCUAGCCAGCCCAUGGGCAAGCCCCAAAGCGCCAACUAUGCCUCCUCGCCCGGCUUCCACCAGGCCGGUAGCCCCCUGGGGCCUGGCAACUGCCCUGCUGAGACCUACAGCCUCUCUCCCCUGCGGCCCCCCUCGGUGCUGCCGCAGCAGCCGCCCCACCCCCAGCAGCAGCAGGACGGCUCCCUGACCUACCUGCCCCGAGCCGGGAUGGCGCCGCCAGCUGACAAGCGGGACGAGGUGGUGUCGGGGAUCUCUGCUCUCCCCAGCCGGGAGCUGCCCGAACUGCCAGUCGGCCAGGAGGGCGCCGUCAGCAGCAUCAGCCAGUCGGAGCUGGAGAAGCAGAGGCAGCGCCAGAGACUCCGCGAGCUCCUCAUCCGCCAACAAAUCCAGAGAAACAAUCUGCGGCAGGAGAAGGAGAGCGCGGCCGCCGCCACCAGCUCCUCCCCGGCAGCGUGGAGCGCCGAAGCCAGCAGCCAGGCCUUCGAGCAGCUCCGGGGCCUGGCACCCUACCAGCCAGCACAGGACAAGAGCGCCCUUGGGAAUCUGCCCGCAGCCCCCGGCAGCAGCAAACUCUCCGGGCCAGCCAUGGUGCCCGCGGCCUUCGCACCGGACGAACGGCUUUCCCGCCCGCCUCCCGCUGCCACACCCUCCGCCAUGGACCUCAAUGGCAGGCCGUCGGUGGGAGCCCCCCAGACCUUCUUCCCACGCGGCAUGUUCCAGGGGCCCUCACCACAGCAGCAGCAGAUGUGGCAGCAGCAGCAGGCGGCGGCCGUGCGGCUCCCCGGCCCUGCCCGCUUCCAGCAGCCGCCUGGCCAUGAGCUCAGCCGGCCGGCGCUGGGGGGCCUGGCUGGGCGCAUGGCGGGCCCUGCCGAGCAGAUCCCGUCCUCGCCCGGCGCCGUGGGGGCCCAAUUCAUUGAGCUGCGGCACAACGCCCAGAAGGGGGCAGCCGGGGGCAUGGGCUCCCCCUUUGCCCAGCAGGGCCCCCCAGCCAGACCACGCUUCUUCCUGCCCGGCGACGAGAGCUCCAGCCAGGCCCUGCGUGCCUCCGUCAUGCCUCUGCCAGCCCCAGUCCUGCAGCCCCAGAAGCUGCCGGCCCCUCUGCCGCCCUCCGCUACUUCCCCGCAGGGGGCUGAGCGGAGCCACCAGCCUCCCCCCAAAAGCGGCCCUCCGGUGCCCCCGCCUCCCAGCGGCCUGGAACUGCAGCAUGGCCCACCCCGCCCUCUGUCAUCCUCCGGCUCCGGCCUGCGUCCCGACGGCCCCAAGGACAGCCCCGCCAUGGAGCCCCCGCUGGCUCCGGUCCCGGCUCCAGUUCCCAGCAAGAGCCACUUGGCGCUGGAGGGUGGGCGGCUCCCGUGCGAGGUGCCGGUGGAGCCUGACCUGGACGACGACUUCGACUCCCACAAGGACCUGGAGGACGACGACCUGGCCAACCUGAGCCUGGACCCGGACGUGGCCAAGGGGGACGACGACCUGGGCAACCUGGACAACCUGGAGACCAACGACCCCCACCUGGACGACCUGCUGAACGGCGAUGAGUUCGACCUGCUGGCCUACACCGACCCCGAGCUGGACACAGGCGACAAGAAGGACAUCUUCAAUGAGCACCUGCGCCUGGUGGAGUCAGCCAACGAGAAGGCCGAGCGCGAGGCCCUGCUCAAGAGGGAGCCGGCUGGGCCCUGCCCCAAGGGCCCCGGGGAGCCCAAGGAGCUGGCACCCCCCAGGGAGGGGCUGCCGCCCACCCCCUGCCCCUCCAGCACGGCACCGGCUCCCCACCCAACCUUCAAGGCCCAGGCCAGCAUCCUGGAAGCCAAGCCGGCCUCCCUGCCGUCCAGCGUCCAGCCCAAGCUGGAGGAAGGCUGCCUGAAGACAUCCCCCUGUCAGUUCAACACUGGCGCCUCUGACCGCCUCCCGGUCCCCGUCAAGUCAGAGGCCCUCCAGGGGGCCGAGAAAAUGGCUGCCUCCCUAGGCCUGACCCUCAAGUCUGGCCAGAACCUGCUGAGUGCCGGAACGGGGCCCGUGCGGCUCGUCACAGCCCCCUUCCCUAACAACGGCCAAGCUGCCACCUCUGGCUCAGACAAGGGCCCCUACGCCGCCCCGGGCCGCGGGCUGGCACCCGGCCAGAGCCCUGCCCUGCUGGAGCUGGGUGGAGGGGCCUUGGGCCUGGCCAACGCCCAGCACUCGCAGGCUGAUGACCUGGAGAAGAUGGAGAGCUCCCUGGUGGCCAGCGAGCUGCCCCUGCUCAUCGAGGACCUGCUGGAGCACGAGAAGAAGGAGCUGCAGAAGAAGCAGCAGAUGUCGGCCCACCUGCCGGGGGGUGCCCAGCACCUCCAGACUGUGCAGCAGCAGCACUCCGUACUGGCUCACCCUGCAGGGCCGGCCCAGCCCCCGGACGGGCAGGCUCCCCGCCUGGUGGGGCCCCAGCAACAGCUGCAGCUGGGCCUCAUCGCCAGGCAGCAGAACCUGGUGCCCACCCAACAGCUAAUGACGCAGCAGCAGCGGGUGGUGGGACCCCAGCAGGGCCAGGUGCUGGCCCCACACAUGGCGAUGGCGCAGCCCCAGCCCCAGCCCCACGUCCUCGCGGCCCAGCACGGCGUCCAGCCGGCGCUGACCCCACAGCCAAACCAGCAGCUGGUGCAGAAGAUACCUGGGGUGCAGCCGACCCCCAUGGGCAUGAAACCCCAGCAGCUCGUCAUGCAGCAGCAACAGCAGCAAUUGGCCAACAGCUUCUUCCCCGACACAGACCUGGAUAAGUUUGCGGCCGAGGACAUCAUGGACCCCAUCGCCAAGGCGAAGAUGGUGGCACUGAAGGGCAUCAAGAAGGUGAUGGCUCAGGGAAGCAUUGGGGUGGCCCCUGGGAUGAACAGGCAACAGGUGUCCCUGCUGGCUCAGCGGCUCUCGGGGGCCACGGCUGCGGCCGAAAUGCAGAACCACGUCCCAGCUGGGAGCGGACAGGAGCGAAGUGGCAGCGACCCAUCUCAGACCCGCCCCAACCCACCCACCUUCGCUCAGGGCGUCAUCAACGAGGCCGACCAGCGGCAGUACGAGGAGUGGCUCUUCCACACCCAGCAGCUCCUGCAGAUGCAGCUGAAGGUGCUGGAGGAGCAGAUCGGCGUGCACCGCAAGUCCCGCAAGGCCCUGUGCGCCAAGCAGCGCACGGCCAAGAAGGCCGGUCGCGAGUUCCCCGAGGCCGACGCCGAGAAGCUCAAGCUGGUGACGGAGCAGCAGAGCAAGAUCCAGAAGCAGCUGGACCAGGUUCGGAAGCAGCAGAAGGAGCACACCAACCUGAUGGCCGAAUACCGCAACAAGCAGCAGCAGCACCAGCAGAGCUCCGCCGUUAUGGCCCUGAGCCCCUCGCAGAGCCCCCGGCUCAUGGCCAAGCUCCCGGGCCAGCUGCUCUCCACCCAUGGUGUCCAGCCACAGCUCCCCCAGCAAACUGGGGCCAUGGUGGGGGCGCAAGGCCUGGGCCAGCAGCCCAACCAGCUGGCAGGGCAAGCAGGCAACGUGCGCUUGCCCCAGGGCGGCGUCUCCAUGGCGGUGCAGCAGGGCCUGUCCUUCAUGGGCCAGCAGCAGCUGGGAAACGCAGCCGUCCCCGGCACGUCCAACAGCUUCUUCCCUGGGAAUCCCGCGCUCCGGGGGCUGGCCGCCGACAGCCGGCUGAUGCAGGAGAGGCAGUUGCAGAGGAUGCAGCUGGCUCAGAAACUGCAGCAGCAAAGCAUGCUGGGACAGGUGUCAUUGCAGCAGCAGCAAAGCAUGCUGGGACAGGUGUCAUUGCAGCAGCAGCAAAGCAUGCUGGGACAAGUGUCAUUGCAACAGCAGCAGCAAAGCAUGCUGGGACAGGUGUCGCAGCAGCAACAGCAGCAGCAAAGCAUGCUGGGACAGGUGUCGCAACAGCAGCAGCAGCAAAGCAUGCUGGGACAGGUGUCGCAACAGCAGCAAAGCAUGCUGGGACAGGUGUCGCAGCCCCCUGCUCCCCAGCAGGGCAGUGGGGGGCAGCCCAUGGUUCCGAAGCAGCAGGGGAUCCUGGUCCAGCCGCUCUCGCCUCAGCCGCAGCCGGGGAUGAUGGGGCACUCCCAGGUGUCCAUGCUGCAGCAUCAGGGCGUCGCGGGCCACCAGACCCCCCCGAGGCAGGUGCUGUUAGCGCCCCACCAGCAGAGGGUGCUGGGCUCGCCGCAGCUGGUGCAGCAAACUCACGGCCUCAUGGGCCACCGACUGAUUUUAUCGCCAGCGCAGCAGCAGCAGGCGGGACUUCUGGGUCAGUCACGGACGUUGCUGACCCAGCAGCAGCAGCAGAGCUCUCUAGCACAGCAUCCGGCCCGGCAGGGGCAGGGGCAGGCCGCCCAGCCGGGCCUCCUGGGGCAGGGGCAGGCCGCCCAGCAGCAGAUCCAGCACUUUCCACAGCAUGGGGCCCUGGGCCAGUCCCCCUCCAUGCUGCACUUGAGUCAGGGAGCUCAGCCAGCCCCGCAGGGCACGGCCGCCAAGGAGCAGCAGGGAGGGGCAGAGAGCGCUGUGCUGCCCCCAGAGGGUGCCGAGGGCAGGGGGCAGCAUCCGGUUCAGCUGUCGGCCGCUGUGGGUGGGCCGGGCAGCCAGGACCUCGGGGGGCAGCCGCACAUGGGCCCUCAGGAGCAGCCGGGCAUUCAGAACCUCAAUCCCCUGGCACUGCCCAGCCAGGAGCAGCUGGCGCCCCCGGGCGGAGAGCAGCAGCCGCAGAAACACCAGCCCGAGCCGGGGCAGCAGCAGCCCCGCUCGCUGCCCUCCCCGCAGCAGACCAUGGCGAGCUCCCUGCAGCGAAUGCAGGGGGGCCUGCAGCAAGGCAACCUGCUUCAUCCACCGCUGCAGAACAGCGCGGGGCUGGCGCAGCUGGGGGGCACCAUGAGGCCAGAGCAGCCGCACUCGGACCCUGCCCAGGGGCCUCGCUUGCUGGCCCCGGCGAGCUCAGGGGCAGAACCGCAACAGCAGCCCGGGAGCAUGACGAGCCAGGGGCAAAGCAUCAUGGUCCAGCUGCCGCCGCCGCAAAGGAUUGUGGGCCAGCCGCCAGCACAAAGCGUAGACCAGCAAGCCAAAGGGCUGGUGGGCCAGCGGCUGCCGAGCCCGGCGGGGCAGCACAAGGCCGGGCUGGUGGGGCAGCCGCAGCAGAGCAUGCUGGUCCCGCAGGUGUCCCAUGCACAGAGCAUCCUGAGCCAGGUGUCCGCUCCCGUGAUGGGCCAAAUCCGAGCGCAGCUGCAAGGCGUCAUCUCCAAAAACCCGCAGCUGCGGCACCUCACCCAGCAGCAGCAGCAGCAGCUCCAGGCCUUCCUGGUGCAGCGCCACCAGCAGACCCUGCUGCAGCAGAGCCAGGCGCUGAGACAGGCCAGCCCCUUCCCGGGGCAGGCCCAGGCAUCCGUCGAGCAGGGGCCGCCCCCGCCCUCAGCCUUGCAGGCCUCCAUGGUGCGCCAGCAACCGAGGCAGCCGGGGACAGUGUUCCAGGUCCGGCCAGCCGGCCCCUCCGUUGCUGCCGAGCAGAUGCAGCCAGGGUUUGUCAUGGAGCAGGCGUCCACCGGCCAGCAGAGAGUGCCGCUGAGCGCCCCCCAGCAGCCGCUGGCGGAGCUGGUGCACACGGCGCUGGCGGGACGGAGUCCCCAGCAGGGGGUGCUCAGACUCUCUGCCCCACCAGCAGCUGCCCCGGUCCAGCCGCCCAUGAGCAUGGUGAGCCUGGGCUCUGUGCAGCAGCACCCCCGCCCCAGCCGGGAACAGAGCCCCCAAGAGCCAAAGGAAGCCUCCCCGCCCACCCUGGUCAGGCCGCCCAGUGUGGCACAGAGCCCCGGGGCACAGCCCGAGCACAGGCUGACGCCCACCCAGAACAGCCUCCUGGCGGAGCUGGUGCCCACGGUCCCAAAGCCUCCCCCCAGCCAAACAGGGGAGGAGUCCUUUGCCAGGACCCCUGGCCACUGGGAGCCGGCAGUGCAGGGUCCCCACUCCUCUCCCAGCAUGGAGCCCACGGAUGGAUUGAGAAAGCCACCGGCCGGGAGUCAAGUCAACGGGCAGGGGGUAGAAAGGCCAGGCCCACAGGCCUCUCCCCUGCCAGCCCAGGCCCCCGGGGUCUGCAUCAAGCAGGAGCCCAAGGAGGAGACGGCGCAGUGCGUGCUGGGCGGGGGCCAGACUGUGAAACGCGAGGCCAACGGGGAUCCGGCGCCCGCCCCGGCCAACAAUCUACUGAUGGGCAGCCAGCUGCUGGCGGGCGCCAGGUCUGAGGCCGGGCACCUGCUGCUGCAGAAGCUGCUGCGGGCCAAGAACGUGCAGCUGGCGUCGCAGCGCUCCGCCGAGGGGAUGCGCGCCGAGGUCAACGGGCACAGCGAGGGCAAGCUCUCGGGGCUGGAGCAGAGGCUGCAGGCGGCUCCCCCUGGCCGAGAGGAUCCCUCCGCCAGCAAGAAGCCUCCGGCCCCGAAGCCCAAACGGGCCCAGAAGAGCGGGGAGCGGGUGGCCGCCUCCCGCAAGAAGCUGCGCAAGGAGGAUGGGCUCAAAUCCAGCGAGGCCCUAAUGAAGCAGCUGAAGCAGGAGUUCUCCCUGCUGCCCCUGGUGGAACCCACCAUCACGGCCAACUUCAGCCUCUUCGCGCCCUUCGGCAGCAGCCCCAUCAACGGCAAGAACCAGCUCAAGGGGGCGUUUGGCAGUGCCGUGCUGGACAGUGUCCCCGACUACUACACCCAGCUGCUCACCAAGAACAACCUGAGCAACCCGCCCACCCCGCCCUCCUCGCUGCCCCCCACCCCACCCCCCUCCGUGCAGCAGAAGAUGGUGAAUGGCGUCACCUCCUCGGAGGAGCUGGCCGAGCAGCCCAAGGAGCCGGACCAGGCCCAGGAAGCCAAAGGCCGGAAGGACACGCCAGCCGUGGAGGUGAAGAGCCUGGACCUGCUGGCGGCCCUGCCCACGCCCCCGCACAACCAGACUGAGGACGUGAGGAUGGAGAGCGAUGAGGAGAGCGACUCCCCCGACAGCAUCGUUCCCGCCUCGUCCCCAGAGAGCGUCCUGGGCGAGGAGCCGCCCCGCUUCCCCCUGCUGGCCGAGGUGAAGCCGGAACUGCCGGAGCGGGUGCUGUCGCCCGUCAUCCCCAUCAUCCCCAGGGCCAGCAUCCCAGUGUUCCCUGACCCAAGGCCCCCCGAGGAGCACGGCGGGAAGGUGGCCCUGGCGCAGGGCGUCGCAUGGGAGAAGGGGAAAGGCAGCGAAGUCUCCGUCAUGCUGACCGUCUCGGCCACAGCUGCUAAGAACCUGAACGGCGUCAUGGUGGCCGUGGCCGAGCUGCUCCGCGUGAAGAUCCCCAGCUCCUACGAGGUGCUGUUCCCCGAGAGCCCGGUGCGGGGCUCCGGGCCUGAGGCCAAGAAGGUGGAGACGGACGGGGCUGGUGGGCUCGGCGGCAAGGCCAGGGCGGCACUGGCAGGGAAAGCCCCCGAUGCUGGCACCGAGUGGCUGAAGCAGUUUGAUGCCAUGCUGCCGGGGUACAGCCUCAAGAACGAGCUGGACAUCCUGACGCUGCUCAAACAGGAGAGCCCAGGCCUGGAGAAGGCCGUGCAGCACUGCUACGUGAACAACGUCUCCAACCUGGACGUGCGUCAGCUCUCCAUCCUGCCCCAGGAGCCGUCCCCGCCCCUGUCCCCCCUUGUCCCCUCCCCUGCCAGCCCCGCCGACGGGGACAGGAUCCCAGAGGCACCCCCUGAGGUGGCCCCCGCGCCCCCCUCCCCACCAGCCCUCUCCCCGCCCUCCAAGGAGGAGGCGGCGCGCUCGCCCCCCAAGCUCAAGCAGCGCUCGCGGCCCCCGGAGGAGGGAGAGGAGCCCCGGCCCCGGCUCAAGAAGUGGAAGGGGGUGCGGUGGAAGCGGCUCCGCUUCCUCAUCACCAUCCAGAAGGGCGGCGCCAAGCAGGACGGCGAGAAGGAGAUCUCCGAGUUCAUCGAGAAGCUGGGCACCACCCUGCGGCCCGAGAAGGUGCCCCGGGACCUGCGCAAGUGCUGCUUCUGCCACGAGGAGGGGGAUGGUGCCACCGAUGGGCCCGCCCGCCUCCUCAACCUUGACCUGGACCUCUGGGUGCACCUGAACUGCGCCCUGUGGUCCAGUGAGGUGUACGAGACGCAGGGCGGGGCGCUGAUCAACGUGGAGGGGGCACUGCACCGUGGGCUGCUCACCAAGUGCUCCCUGUGCCAGAAGACGGGCGCCACUAACAGCUGCAACCGCAUCCGCUGCCCCAGCGUCUACCACUUCGCCUGCGCCAUCCGGGCCAAGUGCAUGUUCUUCAAGGACAAGACCAUGCUGUGCCCGCUGCACAAGCUCAAAGGCCCCUGCGACCAGGAGCUCAGCACCUUCACCGUCUUCCGGCGCGUCUACAUCGAGCGCGACGAGGUCAAGCAGAUCGCCAGCAUCAUCCAGCGCGGCGAGCGCCUCCACAUGUUCCGCGUGGGCGGCCUGCUCUUCCAUGCCAUCGGCCAGCUGCUGCCCCACCAGAUGGGCGACUUCCACAGCGUCACAGCCCUCUACCCCGUGGGCUUCGAGGCCACCCGCAUCUACUGGAGCCUGCGCACCAACAACCGCCGCUGCUGCUACCGCUGCACCAUCUGCGAGAACAACGGGCGCCCCGAGUUCGUGGUGCAGGUCAUCGAGCAGGGCCUGGAGGACCUGGUCUUCACCGACUCCUCGCCACAGGCCGUUUGGAACCGCAUCAUCGAGCCGGUAGCGGCCAUGAGGAAGGAGGCAGACAUGCUGCGGCUCUUCCCCGAGUACCUGAAGGGCGAGGAGCUCUUUGGCCUCACGGUGCACGCGGUGCUGCGCAUCGCCGAGUCCCUGCCUGGCGUGGAGAGCUGUCAGAACUACCUGUUCCGCUAUGGGCGCCACCCGCUGAUGGAGCUGCCGCUCAUGAUCAACCCCACCGGCUGCGCCCGCUCCGAGCCCAAGAUCCUCACCCACUACAAACGGCCCCACACCCUGAACAGCACCAGCAUGUCCAAGGCCUACCAGAGCACCUUCACGGGUGAGACCAACACGCCCUACAGCAAGCAGUUCGUGCACUCCAAGUCCUCGCAGUACCGCCGCCUCAAGACCGAGUGGAAGAACAACGUGUACCUGGCGCGCUCCCGCAUCCAGGGGCUGGGGCUCUACGCUGCCAAGGACCUGGAGAAGCACACCAUGGUCAUCGAGUACAUCGGCACCAUCAUCCGCAACGAGGUGGCCAACCGGCGUGAGAAGAUCUACGAGGAGCAGAACCGAGGAAUCUACAUGUUCCGCAUCAACAAUGAACACGUCAUCGACGCCACGCUGACGGGGGGCCCAGCCAGGUACAUUAACCACUCGUGCGCCCCGAACUGUGUGGCUGAGGUCGUGACCUUCGACAAGGAAGAUAAGAUUAUCAUCAUCUCCAGCCGCCGGAUUCCCAAAGGGGAGGAGCUGACCUACGACUACCAGUUUGACUUUGAAGACGAUCAGCAUAAAAUCCCCUGCCACUGCGGAGCCUGGAACUGCAGGAAAUGGAUGAACUAGCCGCCACGGGGUCACCAGUCGCAGGCAGCCCCUGCCGCAAGGAGGCCUCUGCUGCGGGUUCUCCUCCCCCUUUGCCAUGCUGGGGGCGGGGGAAGCAGAGAUGGCGUAGGGGAAACGGCCCCAUCUGGAACCCAGGAAGUGAGGUUGGUGCAGGUGGGUCAGCCGAGGCCACUUUCGGUUCCAAAGGCGAGGUGGCUCCAGGGGGCACCGGUCCUCGCUCACACCCAUCGGAUGCUGUCCAACUAACUUCCACAGGGAGGGCGUAUUGAAAAGACCAGGGACCUCGGUUCUCUCCCUAGCCACUCCAGCCCUGCGCGCCUUGGCCCUGGGCCUCUGCUGGCAGGGCGCUGCUCUCCCCGAGUGGGUGGCCGCAGCGCCAUGAGUGGAACUGAUGAACUGGCAACUCAGGGUUUUCUUUGUUUUGCGAGGAGGGCAGGGCCUACGGCACCAACAAAACCUGCUCUGUCCACCUUGCUCACUGUAAAUAACUGGACGGAUGCAGGGCGAUCAGGGUGCUCCAGCUCGGAGUCCGGGGCAGGGCAGCCGAGGUAUCGGACCCACGGGGAGCUCAGAUCCAGUCUGUUUGUUUAAAAAAAACAAAACAAAACAAAAAAAUGAAUAAUAUUUGCUCGCUAACUUACCAAGGUAACAAAGAGACUCCUUGAGCUUGACAAUCCAAAACCUCCCAACCCGGCUCUCUGGAGACAGCCAGAGCUCGCUUGGGUUUCGGUUUAUUUCUUGUUCUGUCAACGAAAGCACCGUGAGUAUGUGAAGGAGGCACCAGCUGCCGGAGCAGAGCUCGGGAGAGCCGCGUGCAGAAAAGGGCUCCCCCUCCCCCCCGAUGGACACAAGGAGCCUCUGCACCCAAACCUACCUCAUUUUAAGUGUUAGAUUCUGCUGUUUUCAAUGUGACCCUCCCUCCGAGCCUGACCACGCGCAACCUUCCUAGUUCCCAAUGAGAACUAGUGGCAGUGGGCGGAGCCUGGGGAGCCCAAGGAGUGGUAGUGGGCGGAGCCUGGGGUCAAGGGAGAUUGUAGCCUUGAGCUCUGACCUGGUUCUGCUUGGAAGGAGAGCCCAUAAAAUAUCCCAGGAUCCGCUCCCCCCACCUGUGGGCCCCGCCCGGUUGGGUGCACAGGAGUGUUCCUGGCAACUCCCCCACCCUGCACAAAGCUGGGCACCCUGCUUCCAGCCGAGGGGCAGGGCCCAGGAGAGGUGGGGGUUCGGGGCUUUAAUUAGAAUGUGCCAAGACCCUGGCCUUGCUUCCACCUACCUUCCAGCACAGCACAGCACAGCGUGGCGGAGAGACCAGGCGUUUGGGUUUGGAGGAGCUGAGCUCCGGGGGGAGUCUCGCUUCAGGCUGAGUUUGCUGCUGCUGCCAUACUCCUGAGUCUGGGGGUGGGGCAGGGGGCCCUGCCUGAGCCACUCUACUCCCCCACUACCCAGCUCCCCUUUCACUACCAGAACUGCUGCUCUAGGCUGGCCUGAGGAGGCUGUCUGUGUCUGUAAUGUCGGCAUGGUAUGGGGGGUAUUUAUCUAUUUAUACCUUAGCUUGUAUAUAGUAGAACCUUGGGGGGUUCUCUCCUGUGCUCUGCUUGGCUGAGAUUUUGGACUGUGGGGGAGGGGAGAUCUUGGGGGGAGGGCAGGGGGGAGCAAACAUCCUCCCCACUCCCUGCUCUGGUCUCCAUUGUUAAAUAGAAACCCCGUAGGUGACAGGGUCCAGGAGCCUCCUGCCACGCGUGGGCUCCCCGGGGAGGGGAGGGGAUUGGUGGCUUUACAAACCAGGCCCCACUUCUCCCCUCCAGCCUCCCCCUGCUAUAGCACCCUAUUGCUGAUGGUUGAAUGCUCAUCCGGGAGGGACCUUCUAAGACUGCUGUAAACCAGAGGGGCUGGAGGUCCUGCGCUCGCCGCCCCUUUCCAUUAAACUGUAUCGUUUGACAUCUCUUAACGCACAAAGGCAUAACACCCCCACCCCCUCGGGGAUGGCACAGGGAAUGGCACAGUUGUGAGGAAAGAAGCAGAAACAAACUCCUGACCUGCUCUCCCAUGCCACAGCUGCCCGGCUCAGCUGAGGAGGGUUCUCUUUUGUAUUAAACUUCCUUCCUCUCCUGGGGCGGGAGAGGGAAUUCAAUGAAGUGAGAUUAUUUUGGGGGGAGUGAAAUCUGGGGGAGGGGGCCCCAGGGCAUUUUAUGUUUUUAAAUCAAAAGAUUUCAAGUGAGAGAGAAGAACUGUCGUGUUUUUAAAAAGCUGCUUCUGCAACUAUUCAAAGCUGCAAAAGGUUUAAAAUGAAAUGUUAAAACUCGGGGUGAGGGCAGGGAAUAAUAAAAUAAAAAAUAUACACAAAAUUUAAAUUUAAAACUGUAAAUAAAAUGGGAGCUGUGUAGAGAGAAAAAAAACGUUUUUACCAAUAAUAAAACCACUGGAUGUUAUUUUAAAAUAAAGAUGUGUGAGAGAGAAAAAGCCAGUAUAACUUGUUUUGUUUUUUUCCAUUAACUUGGAAGGCUGUAAAGUGUAUAAAAUAAAAAUUUAAAAAAUUACUACAAAAAAAAUGAUUAAAGCUGGGCAAGAGUAAAGAAAAUAACAGAAUAUAGCAGCUUGUAUGACUUUUUAGACUAUGGUUAGAGUAUAAAAUAGUCCUGUAGAUUUUAGCUGGGGAGGGGGGAAACCUAUACAGUUUUUAAUUUUUAUAUAAACUAGAAUCCAGUCCCAGAGCUGAUCUUUGAUUUUUUUUUAAAGUUCUCUGCUUGUAAAUGCGCAUUCAAAGCCUUGUCCAAUACUUCUGUUUGUUUACAGUUGCAGAUAUUCUAUUUUAAGUUUUACCUUUUAUGAUCCUGAAAUAACCAUUUAUUAUUUUGUUGGGUUUUUUAAAAAAAUAAAGUUUAAAAUGAAACUAUGGCAAGCGUGGACUCUGUGAGGAAUCUUCCUUGGUGUGGGGGGUUUAUUUUUUGUGUGAAUCCUGUACAGCGAGGUUGUCCUUCGGAACAAAGAAAAGAAUGGGGGGGGGGGGGGGGUAAAAUGAUUCUUUUUAAGAAACACCAAGCUGAACUUGUCUGUGGCAUGUUUUGUACGGAUGGACUUUUGAACUGUAUAUAAGUUAUGUUCCAAGAGGCAACGAGUGAGUUUCCAAGUUUGCUUCUCUGAGUUUGUUUUUAAAGGAAAACAAUAAAAGUGCAUUUUCAAUACUGGG